GCGAAGUCUCAACGGAGUGAAUUUCUUAUUGUUGACCACCUUUUGAGUAUUCUUCCGAUGAUCCCAGUAAUCUCCUCCCCCUAAGAGAGAGAAGCGGUGUGAACAGUGGAAGAGGCCUCCCGCCUUUACCAGAUGGUGGGGGAUGGGGAAUCCCCAAAUCCUUUUCCAGCGGGAUUUUCCACAAGUUGUCACUGAUUUUACAACGAUUUUUGUAAUUAAUUUUCCUUUGUGUAUGAUGUUAGGUGUUUACAAAUGGAAAUCCAAGUAUGGGAUGUAUACGGUUGAAAGGUAGAUUAGAUUUUCGGCGAGAGUUUUUGAGAAAGAAAGAGUGAAGUAUUUAUUCUUUAUCCAUGUAAAAUAUUUGGACAAGAAGCAUUGACAAAAUGAAUGUGACUUUUACCUUAGAUAAUAAGGAAAAUCCGUAAAAGAAACAUCUAUGUUAUCACAAUGCAACAGUGCUUGUCGCAAAGCAUCUUUGUAGGCUUCACGUCUUGAUGAUAUUGAAAUGGGAGGAUCAGAAUCCUUGCCCUGAUCUCUAACUGCCCUGUGCUCAUCAAGAAUCUUAGAUAUCAAAUUUUGGAGCUACUGAAAUUGGAAAACGAUGCCCCAAAGCAUUGCUUUGUGGAAGAGUCUUCCCAUCCUCGGCAGCAACAUUGAAGUUCUUAAUGGUUGCACCAGGAGGUAAAACACUAUCUUUCUCAGCAACCGAUACCGUAGCACCAUUAUUAAGAUCAGAAGCGUCUUUGUUUCUAGUGUCUGACAUUACACAAGUAGAAGGUAAAGAUGGUAUCUCAGAAACAUGUUGGGCAUCCUCAGCAUCCUGAGAUGAAGAAGGGAGGAGAGAUAAUUCUUCGGGGUGAUUUGUUACUGAUUCCAGUGUUGAUGCAACGGCAACAGCAGAAGGGUCUCCUCAUCUUGCCUCUAUAUGCAAACCUUUUAUGGGUCCAUCAUGAGCUUCUAACAUGCUAACUGAUGCAGGGUCAUCCACCAUAGGUGCACUUUCAUUAAAAUUUGAUGGAGCAUACUUUUCAAAGCAACCACACCAAAUCACUACCGACGCCUUUCCUUGUAUUGUUUUGUAAAAAAAAAAAAAAAAAAAAAUGCCACCGACAAUGGAAGAAAAUCUUCCAUAAUCCUCUAAUCAACCAUCCCCGAACACGGAACACCACAUGCACCGGAAGCAGGCUAUUAGAAAACUGUCGUCGGCGCGACGCCAUGGUGGAUCGAGUCGAGCACUCGAGCUCCUCCAAAUUUGGUGACCCCACCCAACAACUUCUAUUGGGUCCCACAAACCCACUCUUUACAUUGCUCACCAACCGCAGCCCGGCCCGGCCCGACUCACCCACCACGCGACACGAAUCACGAACUAACUAUAAAUCAACCUCCAUUUCCCCAUCUUCAAAUUCAGCAACGCCCCUUACCAAUCCACCACCACAACAACAACAACCAGAGAGAGAGAGAGAGAGAUGGCGCAAACUGCUGUGGCGACAGAAAACCAGGCCGGCAGGCAUCAGGAGGUUGGGCACAAGAGCCUCUUGCAAAGUGAUGACCUCUACCAGUACAUUCUUGAAACCAGUGUCUAUCCCAGAGAGCCAGAGCCCAUGAAAGAACUCAGGGAAAUAACCGCCAAUCAUCCAUGGAAUAUAAUGACGACAUCUGCGGAUGAGGGGCAGUUCUUAAACAUGCUUCUGAAGCUCAUCAAUGCCAAGAACACCAUGGAGAUUGGAGUUUACACCGGCUACUCUCUCUUGGCUACGGCCCUUGCUCUUCCCGACGACGGCAAGAUAUUGGCGAUGGACAUCAACAAGGAGAAUUACGAGUUGGGUCUGCCAGUAAUUGAGAAAGCUGGAGUCGCCCACAAAAUUGAGUUCAAAGAAGGCCCUGCUUUGCCUGUUCUUGAUCAAAUGGUUGCAGAGGGGAAGCACCAUGGUUCAUUUGACUUCAUAUUUGUGGAUGCUGACAAGGACAACUACCUGAAUUACCAUAAGAGGCUGAUUGACUUAGUCAAGGUCGGGGGUGUGAUCGGCUACGACAACACGCUGUGGAACGGGUCCGUGGUGGCCCCACCGGAUGCGCCGCUAAGGAAGUACGUUAGGUACUACAGAGACUUCGUGCUGGAGCUCAACAAGGCUCUCGCUGCUGAUCCAAGGAUCGAGAUUUGCCAGCUGCCUGUGGGCGAUGGGAUUACCCUGUGCCGCCGUAUCAGCUGAUCGCCACCUUCGCCAAAUAUAUGCGCUUGAUGCUGAAGAGAUCAAAAUUGCUGCCUGCAUUCGUUGCGUUCUACUCUCUUUUUUCAAUUCCAAUUCAAUGUGGAUGGGUUGUGAACAAAUCUAAUACUGAUUAUGUGUAAUAUUGAUUUUUUUUUUAAAUGCAUGAUGAUGCUUAUGUGUAUUAAUUAUUUCGUUGUUGCGUGUUAAAUACACUUAUAAAAUGAUAAUCAUAUCAAAA